UUGGAUUCGCCAUUGCCAUCAGUGUUCUCCAAUCUACAUUAUCUGCUGUUCAUCCAAUCUAACGGUCCUCAGAGGGUGGAAGAGGGGAGAAGAAGAAAUCACAGCCGCGUGUUCCUUUUCUCUUCAUCCUCUUUUCGCUGCCAAAUUCAAAGUUUCACUCCCACCAUGAAUGACAAGGCCAGCGUUUCCAAAGAGCUUAACGCCAAGCAUCGCAAGGCGUAUUUUGUGUUUGAGGUGUAUUCUUGGAUUGAUGUUUUCAGUGUGAUUAGUCAGAUUUUAGAAGGACUUCUUAAAUUGCCAGAAAAUAGGGAAUGUGCUGAUUGCAAAUGCAAAGGUCCUCGGUGGGCUAGUGUGAACUUGGGCAUAUUUAUUUGCAUGCAAUGCUCUGGGAUCCACAGAAGUCUUGGAGUACAUAUAUCAAAGGUCAGAUCUGCUACACUCGACACAUGGCUCCCUGAACAGGUUGCAUUUAUUCAAUCCGUUGGAAACGAGAAAGCAAACAGUUACUGGGAGGCAGAGCUUCCACCAAAUUAUGAUAGAGUUGGGAUAGAAAAUUUUAUUCGUGCGAAGUAUGAAGAGAAGAGAUGGGCAUCUAAGGAUGUGAAACCCAAGUCCCCUGCAAAAUCACCAUCUUCCGUCCAGUGGCAAAGUUCAAGUAAUAGAAGUGGGCAUGGGCAUGUCAACGAUUCCGGGAAAUUUUCAAAUGAAACGGAAAAUGUUUCAGUAUUUAGUGCCAAAGAAAAUAGUCGUGCUGCCAGAAUGAGUGUGCCCGUGCCUCUUAAAUGGCCAGAACAAGUAGCUCCAUCUGUAGUUACCGAGAAACUGGAACCAGAUGCUACUGCUGAGCCGCUGAAACAGGUUCAAGACAUAGCGUCUCAGCCAAAGGUUGAUUAUGCUACUGAUCUCUUCAGUAUGCUUUCUGUGGAUAGUUCUGGUGAAAAUGCCACUGGAGCAUCUGGUGAUGAUAACAUGCGGGCUGGAUUUCAGUCUGCUGAUGCACCAUCAUCGUCAGAAAAGAUCCAUUCUUCUGCAAAAAGUGAUAUAAACAAAUCACAGUCAGCAUCUGGAAUCGAAGACCUAUUUAAUGAUUCACCAUCAAUUGAACCCAGUACUACAUCUGUAACACCUCAGAAGGACGUCAAAGGUGAUAUUAUGUCUCUUUUUGAGAAGACCAAUAUCGUCUCACCAUUUGCUCUUCACCAACAACAACUUGCUAUGCUGGCUCAACAACAAUCUCUUCUAUUUGCUGCCGCAGCAAAUGCUUCCGGGGGAACUACAAAAGUUCCUGGCAACACACAACUUGGGCUUAAUGGAAUCAAUCUGCCCAACCAAAGUUGGCCGAAUGUCGGUUACCACAUUCCGGGGAUGACAAUGUCAGCAGCUGGGAAGAAUGAAUUAGAUAAAUACAUGCAGAUGGCUAACAUAGGAAUAACGGCAGCUCAUCAAGCAGGUGGCAAUUCUUGUGCUGUCCCGAUGUCGAGGUAUACUCGUCGUGCGUAUUCAGUUGGAGCUAAUGCUUCCAGUAAUGGCAGUACACCUUUGGUACCCGACAAACAGUCCACAACAUCACUUUCAUCUGCUUCUUCACCAGCAGGAAAAGAUUUCGAUUUUUCAUCCUUGACGCAAGAGUUUUUCUCAAAACGUUGAACGAGAUGGCUUCAGUUGACUCUUGCGUGAGCAGUUAACUGGGAAAGUAGUUACUGCAGUUCUGUUUUUGUCCUUUGUUUGGGGUUUUGUAAGCUAUUGACUGUAGGCGAUCAGUUUGAACCUACUUUUGGUUCGUUUGUGUAUCAUUGUAAUAAAUUGGUCGUCCAGCGGAUGACCUUUUUUUUCACAGGUCUUAUUCGUAAUAUUGGUAAUAUUCUUAGAAUUAUAUUGUUGUCUAUAUAUCAGCGUACAAUUUUUUGUUGUACAUUCUUGAGUACACUUGAAGUAUGACGAUCGUUUUGAAAGAUGCUGGAGUUCGGUACUCAAGUAUUUUUUUUUUUCCAAGA